UCGUUGUGUCAUUGUGUCAAAUACCCUCUUAAUAUAUUAUUUCUCUUUCAUUGUGUUCUACUCUUCGAUAGAAUAAAAAAUGGAGUCUGCCUUGAGUCUCAAACCCAUCGUCAACGUUGCUGCCAUCUGUGGUUCCCUUCGCAAAGCCUCCUUCAACCAUGGCCUUAUUCGCUCCGCCAUCGAUUUGACCAAGCAAUCGGUUGAUGGAAUGGCUAUCGAGUACGUCGACAUAUCACCUUUGCCGAUGCUCAACACAGAUCUCGAGAUCGACGGCAAAUAUCCGCCAGCAGUCGAGGUUUUCCGGCAAAAGAUUCUUCAAUCCGAUUGUUUCCUCUUCGCUUCUCCUGAGUACAAUUACUCCGUCACUGCACCUUUGAAGAACGCAAUCGAUUGGGCAUCCAGGCCGCCGAAUGUCUGGGCUGAUAAGGCUGCUGCCAUAGUCAGUGCCGGUGGUGGAUUUGGUGGAGGGCGGUCACAGUAUAUUCUCCGGCAAAGCGGUGUUUACCUCGAUCUUCAUUUCAUUAACAAGCCUGAGUUCUUCCUGAAUGCGUUCGAAUCUCCUCCUAAGUUCGACGAUGAAGGCAAUUUGAUAGAUGCUGCAGCUAAAGAGAGGUUGAGAGCUGUUCUUCUAGCACUGAAAGCUUUCACAUUGAGACUUCAAGGCAUGUGAUGAAAGCUACAACAAGGUAUUCAAAGCUGUUCUAGAGCGAUUCGUUUGAUUUUUUCGAAUCUUCUUAUGUUUCUGUUUGAAUUUCCGCUUGUAUGAAUUGAUUUUAGAAUUCAAGGAAAUGUAAAGUUCUAAGAACAAAUAAUAUCAUGAUUUGUAUGCUUUCGAAAUUUU